UGACGAUGAAAAAACAUUUGAUAUUAUGAUUAGUUAUUCACAUAAAGAAAAAGUUCUCUGUAAACAAAUCUAUGAUGAAUUAAUUAAAUUUGGUUAUCGUGUAUGGAUUGAUUUUGAUCAAAUGCAUGGAAAUGUUAUGGAUGCAAUGGCAAAAGCUAUUGAAAGAUCAACGACAAUUAUUAUUUGUAUGAGUGAACAAUAUCGAAAAAGUAAUUAUUGUCGAGCUGAAGCACAAUAUGCAUUUCAAAUGCAACGUAAAAUAGUUCCUGUUAUUUUACAAAAACAUUAUAAAGCUGAUGGAUGGCUUUUAUUUCUUAUUGGUCAAUUAUUAUAUGUUGAUUUUAAUAAAUAUGAAUUUUCUCAAGCAAUGGAAAUAUUAUUUAAAGAAUUAAAAGCAGAAAAUAAAUCUAAGACUAAUAUUGGACCUGUUCAACCUAAAAAAGAUUCUACGGUUAUGCCUCCUACUCAAUCUGUUUCUUCACCAAAAAAAUCAGUAUCACCAACAUUUUCUCAGAAUAUUCUUGAAUGGACACCAACACAAGUACAAGAUUGGUUAUUAGAACAUAAACUUAUUCAAAUGUCUCGUCUUUUUACAAAUUGUAAUGGUCGCAGUUUAAUUUAUUUGAGCAAGUAUGUGAAAAAUUGUGAAACACAACAAAUUUUAAAUUUACUUCAAGAAGAUUCACUUCGAAGAAUACAUGAAAGUAUAUCAUUAAUAGAGUUAUCCUGUUUUCAUUCAUUAAUGGAUCAACAAAAACGACUUCUUCAGUCGAUUGAUGUAAACACUGAGAGAAAAGAUUUUCAUAUAUCUUGUUCGAUCAAUAAUGAAACGUUGGUGACAAGAAUAUGA